AUGUCAAGUUCUCAGCAGGAUAGUGAUGAGACGAGGCCGCUACUAUCGCAUAAUAGUGUACCUGAAAACCCCAUGGGGUUAGCAACAACAGGAUUGAAAUCAAAGUCAAAGAUGAAGCUGACGCUAGACUCCAAAUCCAAAUCCAAAGCUCCGUCUUUUAAAGCUAGUAGCUCGAAAAUGUCCAAGGCAAACAAGAUUGGCUUACAAAGGACGAGUAGAACGACGCUGAAGUUGAAGUUGCUACCCGAGGAUCCUGAUCCAACGAGUUUCAAUGAUAAACGAGUCAUUGCGGGCGAUGGCAAAGAGAGUAUUGUCAGCAGAGUAAACGGCAAUGAUGAUGACGAUGACGAUGACGAUGACGAAAGUGACGAAGCAUUUGCUUCACGACCUAUGAGGGUAUAUUCUCAGGCCAAGAUGAUUACAGAUACCUCAGCUAGAAAAGAUGCAGAAAUUUUGGGUAAACUGCAUCGUGACUUAUUACCUAGAGUGACUGCUUAUUGUACGUGUGCUUCGUAUAGGAUGAAGGAUUUACUCAGAUGGUUGAAGGAUAGGAAAAGGAUACAUAAUACUAGUGCGAAAUUGUUUGACGAGUGCUUAUAUACCCCGUUCACAUAUAAAGACUGGAGGAGCGAUUCGAGUAAUGGCAGUAAUGAUGAGGAAAAUGGCCACAAGUUGAUAAGGUUAGCCGAUGAAGGGGGUGAGAUAGAUAUUGGUAAAAAAUCAGAUUUGUUUAUAUUUGAGUAUGGUGUUGUGAUUAUGUGGGGUUUUACGCAAAAAGAGGAAGUUGCAUUUUUAGGAGACUUGGCUCGAUUUGAGCAAGAGAAGCUUUCAGCUGAAGAUAUUCAAAUUGAAGAGUUUAACUAUUAUAUCACGAAAUCUUACCAACCGCGGAUAUACAAUGAUUUCAUAACAUUGAGAGAUGACGAUAAUUACAUGUUGAAGCUAUCCAUAUCUCAUGCGCUUGCGCAAUCGGUCAAAAUAUCCCUAUUUGAAGAGUUGGUGGAUAAUACUAUCGAAGAUACACAAGAGAUUCCGCUGCAAAUUGCGCGUACAGGUAAAGUUGAAAUGAACCGAGACGAAAUAAUGAAGUCUAUAGGCGAGUUGUUUAUUUUGAGGAUAAAUAUCAAUCUUCAUGGGUCUGUUUUGGAUUCGCCUGAAUUGAUGUGGGCCGAACCACAUUUAGAGCCAAUAUAUCAAGCUACUAGGGGGUACCUUGAAAUCAACCAGCGAGUUGAACUAUUGAACCAGAGAUUAGAAGUUAUAUCUGAUUUAUUACAAAUGUUGAAAGAGCAAUUGGGCCAUUCGCAUGAGGAAAGCCUUGAAUUUAUCGUUGUUGUAUUGGUUGGUGUUCAAGUUUUAGUUAGUAUUGUGAAUAUCUUUGUUGAUAUAUUCACUUAUUAA